CAGGGGUGCCUGAUUUAUCCGAGUAUGGGGAUGUGUACGAGCUAGGAUUUGGAUUGGGACAUGAUAAGCCUCCAACCAGUGCUUUGGUGAAGAAAGAAUUUCAACGCAAAAUCAUCUAUCCUUUGAGCCCUCAUGAGGUACACAAAUACAAUAAUAAUAUCUAACUACAAAAGAAAUAAAAGGACAUGCUAUUGCUAUGUUGCAUUAAUUAAUUUUCAAGGCAUAUGAUUCUAAUGCACGUGCAGCAUUCCUAUUGCCAUGCUAAGGAGUAGAUCAAGAUUAAAAUCAUAAAUACCCACUACUACUAUUAUUGUUAUUAUUAUAGUUUAUAUUAGUUGAUCAGAGACAUCUUUUAGAUUUCAACCAGUAUAUGAUUUUUUAUACGUUUGUAUUGCUUACCUUAGAAGCAUAGGAUUUUUCUGAUGGCUCAGCUGAAUACAUUUUGUUAUAUGCAAUGCUAUUAGAAUAUUUCAAUGUGACUUGCUAUGGAGCAGUUGCUGAUGGGAGGACAGAGUCUAGCUCUGUAAGCUGUAAGCUCUUGACUUGCAUCUAAGAACUCAGUGAUGGAGGAUAACUUAGCAGGAUUUGUAGCUUCUUUUGACUAUUUAUGCAUUUUGCCAAUGUAAAAUAAAACUAGUGUAGCUAGAAGCAAGUAAACAUCAUGUUCUAUGUUAUGGUAUUAGUAUCACUAGGGAUUUAAGGACAGAGCUUAUCUAAAUAGUUCCUAGUAGGGACAAAUUAUUAUAAAGGACUUAGCCGUCUGUUUUGUAUUUCCGGGUGAUUUCUUUAAAUUGGUUUUCAUUUUUCACUUAUCCCAAGUUUUAUCUAUUUAAGAAUCAUGCCCUUUCACACUUUCAUUUAGAAAUACAAAUACUUACUCUGGUUAGGAAGUUGGAGAAGUCAUGUCAGAAAUGCGAUUAUAAUAUUUAAAACUGAGGAUCUUUUGAAAUUUGUCAGAGAUGCAGGCUAGGAAGCCUCUUUUAGUUUUAUAUUUAAACAUUAGUCACUGUUGUCAGUAGAUAAACAAAAAUAUUGAUUCUCAUUUUAUUAUAAUCAAUGUUUUAAAUUGCGGUCACAUUUGCAGUUUUAUCGUGGUUCUUGAUAUUGCAGAAAAUUAUGCGGCCCUCAUUGUGGUCAUGGAGACCCCAUUGCAAUCAAAAUCGCAGUCGCAGACAUUUUUUUAAACUUUGAUUAUAACAAAUUAUUUAGUAGUUAGUACUAUAUGCUUAUAUGGUAAUGGUAAAAUUUGAGGCAAAAUUGCCAACAAGUUACAGUAUAAUGUUGCUAGGCAUUCUUGGCAGCAUGGGAAGAUGCAUGCUCUCAUACAGGAUCCUCAACUUUCUUUGGCCCAAAAGGAACAUUCUUUCUUGGUCCAGUCUCAUUUUCGGGGCCCUGCCACAAUAAUGGGUCCCCAAAGAUAGAGAUAAUGGGAACUUUGAAGGCUCCAAUCAGCCUCAAUGACUUCCCCACCCCCUGAAUGGGUUGUGUUUAAGAACUUAUUCGGCUUCAAUCUCACUGGACUCAAUAGUAAGGCAACUUUGGAUGCUCAAGGUCAAGAAUCCUGGUCAAAAGCUGCUUGCUGCAGGGUCAUGAAAUGCCACAAGGAGUGAAGUUUGAUGAUAUAACAACAUUUUUAAUAUAUAAGAAAUUCUGGCAGACAGAGAUUCUCAAUGAUGCUUCUGACUUUGGUGACUAUGAAGUGCUCUAUGUUCAUUAUCCAGGCCUUCCACCAUCUCCACCUUCAAAUGUUCAUGGUAUAGAUGUUGCACCAUACCCUGGUCACGGCAACAACGGAACAAUAGUGAAACCUUCGGGAGUAGAUAUCUCAGGGAAGAAAAAAGAAGGGGGUGGUGGAAGAAUGGUUAUUAUGAUCGAGCUGUCAUCUUUUACUGCCUUUGUUCUAUUCAUUGGAGUUGCCUGGCUUUGUCUCUUGAAAUAUGGUUCUUGCACUCUCGAACCUGAACAAAUUCCAGAUGACAAAAUUUCAUCCUCUUCAAAGCAAUAAGGUAACUUAAAAGUACUGAUUCUGUCAAAAUCUUGAUGGCACUUUAGAAACACUAGUAUGAAAAUUUAUGUUUUCUAUAAUGUCUUUAAACAAGUAAGCAUCAUAGUGAUUUAUUUCUUGCAAUCACAAAUACUUCUAUCCUUUGUUUGAAAUCUUGUAAUUCUAAGUGAACUGCUUACACCAUAAAAUGAAAGGGCUG